AAGCCAUAGAAGCUCGACCUUUAGAUUAAUUUCUUUUGUCCCUAUCCUAUACCCCAACCUACGAUCAACUCUUGAUUGAUCCACCACUCCCUUCUAUUUAUCACUCUUUAUUUGACUGAGGAUGAAGACUUUAUCUAUUUCAGCCGCUUUGGCAGCCGUGUCAGUAGCACUGUUGGCAGGAGAUGCGCAAGCUGAGCUCUCCAAGAUUGUGCGCGUCAAUCCAACGACCCAACAUUUUAUCGAUGCUCAAGGCCGUUCGCGUUUCUUCCAUGGAACCAAUAUGGUCAAGAAGAGCUUCCCUUGGCACCAUGAUGUGAACAAGUUUGUACCAUCGUGGUCUAUCGUUGACAAGGAUAUCGAGGUGUUGAAAGCUUUGAACAUCAACAUCGUUCGUCUCGGUGUUCAUUGGGCUGGCGUGGAGCCUGUUCGAGGGCAGUACAAUCAGACGUACCUUGAUAUCACCCAUGGUAUCAUCAAGAAGCUUCAGGACAACGGUAUCUAUACCCUCGUUGACCAACAUCAAGACGUAUGGGCACCACAGCUUUGCGGACAUGGAGCACCAUUGUGGUUCGUCAAGACAGACUGGGUUAUUCCAGCUCAUCGUUUCCCUUACGCUCAAGCGGCUCCAUUCCCUGUGGAUGCCAAUGGGGUCCCCAAGGAUUCAGACUGUAAUUCCAUUGACUGGUCUCUCUCCUACUUGAGUUAUGCUGUAGGAAACGCAUUCGGGCGCUUGUACAAUAACUAUGAUGGCCUCGGAGACGCUUGGGCAGCUUAUUGGAAAGUUGUGGCAACCAACUACAACGCUCUUCCAGGAGUUAUGGGCUAUGACUUGAUGAACGAACCAUGGGUUGGUGAUCAUGCAGCAGACCCAACGCUAUUGGUCCCAGGCAAGGCGGCCCGUAAUAUGGAGCCACUUUGGAAUAAAGGCAACGCUGCCAUUCGCACUGUUGAUAAAACGACCAUUGUCAUGUUUGAAGGAUCCACUUAUGACAUUUUGAGCGGAUUCGAAAAUGUUCCUGGUGGAGAUGGCUCCAAGACCGCACAUUCCUACCAUUACUACAACCCUCCCCAGCUGUCUACUAUCGAGGCGACAAUCAAGAACCGUAUCAAGGAUGCCACUCGCCUUCGCACAACUGGCAUGUUAACCGAGUUCCAGUUCUGGGACACCUCUGCUGCCAGUGUUGCUAAGAUUCUUGAGGCCACUCAACAGGCAGAUCGGUAUAUGCAGUCGUGGCAAGGUUGGGCCUAUGAGAACUUGUGGAACCACAAUACUGUGGAGCCCUACCCAGAAUUGGCGCGCCUCUAUGCUCGAACAUACGCUGAGGCCACUGCAGGUGAUACGAAGACACUUUAUUUCCAAGACACAACUGCCAAGUACUGGGUCUCUUGGGUGGCGGAUACGUCGAUCACAGCUCCAGGAUUGAUCCGAAUUGCUCCCCAGAUUUACUAUCCAGAUGGGAUUCGAGUGUUCUUUGUGCCUGAAGGUACGGGAACCUACACCAUGGAUGGCACGAACACGGUCCAGUUGCACUACACUGCUCAAGCAAAGACUGGACAGACCAUUCAAGCUAGCGUUCAGCCAUUCUUCCCUACAGACAUUGUCAAGAACCAGGCCUCUGGAAAAUGCAUGGAUAACGACAAGAGUGCUGUCUCUGCUAACAAUCCUAUCAUUCUUUGGACUUGCAAUUCCACAGGCAAUCAGGUCUGGAAAUUCAAGAACGAUACAAUCUCAUUGGCAUUUGACCCUAAUCAUAAGAGCGACACCUACUGUCUUGAUACCCAGCCCGUUUCUGGCACUAACUAUCAAAACGUGGUCCUGAAUGCUUGCCAGGCAGGAUCAGUCACUCAACAAUGGACUGUCACAUCCACAGGCAACGUCAAGAACAAAGCCUCGGGCAACUGCUUGGACAUCACAGGAUCCAACUAUUCAGAUGGUACCAAACUGAUUGCAUUCCCUUGCUCUGCUAGCGGCACCCAGUCGAACCAGGUCUGGACUUUGCCUCGUGGUGCUAACGGCAGCUGGUAAAACCAAUUAUAUAUACAAGCU